CCCCAUGGCUGGGCUCGGCGGGACCGGCUUCGCUGCCGGCGGGACCCUCCGCCUCCUGACCGGAUCCUUCCUCUUGGCUACCACCUCCGGGCUCCAGUGCUACAGCUGCAAUGUGAUCGUGGGCAGCCGGUCGGUCAACACCGGUUGCUCCAGUCCAGAAGUGGUCACCUGCCCCCAUUCCCACCAGGGGUUCAAGCACCGAUUCUGCAUCAAGAUGGAAAGCGCGGUGCUGGGGGUCCUUUUGACCAGCGGAUGUGCCACCUCCCGUCACUGCCAGCAGCAGGAGCUGCCAGGGAUCCGGAUCCACUGCUGCAACAGAGACCUUUGCAAUGGGUCCCCUGCUUCCUCCUCCUGUCCCCUCUGCUACCUGCUGAUCCUGGGGACGCUCCUGCUUACCUUCCUCCUAUGAAGCAGAUCUCAGAAGACCCAAAGGAGCCCGGAGGCCUUCCUCCUCUCUCAGCCUUCUGGGUCCCCUGGAGGCCAUCGGAGGAGGCGGCUUCCUUGGCAUUCGCAUUCCCUGAGUUUUGUAAGAACUGGCAAGUCUAAAUAAA